AUGCAGGGCGAUUCUCAGCCGCCGCGGCGCGACGUGCGUCCCAACGACGCAGCCGAAGCCGCCAAGGCAGCCGCUGAUGGUGAUGCUUCGCGGACUGACGACAACCGCGAGGUCAACCCUCACAUCCCGCGGUUCAUCGCCAAGGCGCCGUGGUACAUGAAUGCCACUCCAGGUUUGCAACACCAGCGAGCCUACGAGCAACGGCGGCAACAUUUGGACGCCCCCAGCCAAAAGGGCGUCACCUCUCAUGUGGCCAUCAAGUAUCGCAAGAACGCGUGUGAGAAUUGCGGUGCAAUCACCCACGACGCGAAGAGCUGCGUCGAGCGGCCGCGGAAGAAGGGCGCGAAGUACACCAACUCCAACAUAUGCCCAGACGAGUUCAUAGUGCAAAACACCGCAACCGGCUACGAAGCUGUGCGCGACCGUUGGGCAGGCUUCGACCCGGCCUCCCACCAGCUGCUCGUCGAAGCCCACCAGGCCGUUGAGGAGGAGCAGGAGCGCCUCCAGAUGCAGCAGCUGGCGGCCAAGCUAAAAUCUCAAACCGCGGAGACCGACGAGAGCCCUAGAGGGAACGAGAAAGAUGAAUUCGCCGACAGCGAAGCCACAUUCGGGACCACCGACGAUAGAACGCGCACGACCACGCGGAACCUGCGCAUUCGCGAAGACACCGCCAAAUAUCUCAUCAACUUGAAUGUCGAUUCGGCCUUCUAUGAUCCGAAAUCCCGCUCGCUGCGCGAUGACCCUCUAAUAGGCAUGGAAAACACCGGCCAGCACACAUUCCGAGGGGACAACGAGAUUUUCACGUCCGGCGAUGCGCAUAAGCUGAAGGAGAUGGAGCAAUUUGCCUGGGAGGUGCAGCAAAAGGGCUCCGCCGUAAAAUUCAUGGCACAACCCACUGAACUUGAGUUCAUGUACAAGAAGGACUCGGAGAAACGCCAGAAAGAAAAAAGCGUGCAAAGACAGGCACUGCUGGAGCGUUAUGGCGGUUCGGAGUUUCUAGGAGGCCCUGAUGCCGCAGGUGGCGAACCGCCCGCGGAUCCAUCGGGAGACCCACCACAAUCAUCGGAGAGCAACUAUACGCGUGUAUAUGCGUUGUCUGCGUACAAGGAAGACGUAUAUACGCUAGGCCACACUACAAUCUGGGGAUCAUAUUACGACCGUGACAGCAAGAAAUGGGGCUACAGGUGCUGCAAGAGCACAUGUAGAGACAGUCCGUGUACUUAA